ACUGAAGAAGCUUCUCAAGAACGUUCCACCGGCAAACCCUUGAUUCUCAGUUUUUUCCUGGGCAUCAUCAGUAUUUUUCCUGAGCAGUUGCAUUUCACUCACAAACCUGGCCUCCCAGGUUUCGUGAAAGGAGAGAACUUCUUUGAUUUGCCAAAAGAGCAGUGGUUUGAGACUCGCAAGAUAGUCACAUUGAUUUACAAUGUUGUGAAGACUAAGGCACAGAAUAUUUUCCGAAGACUUUGGAACUUUUGCCGCAAGUGGAAGAAAAUUGAUGACAUCAGAAAUGUGUUUUGGUUUCCAAGCAAAAAAGCAGAAUAUAUCUCACGACACUGGAAGGAAGAUGCCUUUUUUGGCAGCCUGUUCCUCAAUGGUUGUAACCCAAUAAUGAUCAAGCGGUACGCGGAAGAUCAGCAGAAAAUUCCAACGGAGACUUUGGAAAAGGUGUACCCUGAUUUCAAGGAAAACAUCCAAAAUGGAAGCAUCUAUGUGGUGGACUAUGAGCUACUGGAUGGCAUAGCAGGUACAGUCAGUACGUUCGUGGCUGCACCCAUUGUGCUGCUACAACAGACUGGUGAGGAGUUAAAGCCUAUUGCCAUACAGUUGAAUCAGAAGCCUGGGGAGGAUAAUCCAGUUUUCACCCCUCAAGACAAGCCAGAAGCCUGGCUCUUAGCCAAGAUCUGGGUCCGGAACUCUGACUUCUACAUCCAUGAGUUGGUUUCUCAUCUUCUCAGGACACAUCUGAUGGGGGAAAUAUUCUUAAUUUCUAGCUACCGUUUGGCUGAUGGACAUCCACUAUCAAGGAUUCUUCGUGCAACUGGUCGGUACACUUUACCUAUCAACAUUACUGCUAGAAACACCCUCAUCAAUAAAGAUGGAUUCUUCAUAAAGUACACAGGCAUUGGGAGCGGUGGACUUUGGGAGGUCUUAACGAGGGCAACUCAGGAGAUUACCUACGAGAGCCUCUGCCUGCCUGAUAAUGUGAAGCACCGUGACAUUGAACAUUUGAAGAACUUUCACUACAGAGAUGACGCCAUGGCCAUCUGGAGGUCAAUACAAGAGUUUGUUCGUGAAGUGGUGACUGAAUGUUACAAAGAUGAUGAAGAGAUAUGCAAUGACCUAGAGCUGCAAGACAUGGUGUUUUCCAUAUACAGCUAUGGAUUUCUGCAGAAGUCAGAUUGCCCCUCAAGCCUGAAGACAAGAGAAGAAGCCAUUAAAUACAUCACCAUGAUAAUGUUCACCUGCUCAGCCCAACAUGCCGCUGUGAGCCAUGGGCAGUAUGAUAUCUAUGCAUGGAUGCCAAAUGGACCAACGACAAUGAGGAAGCCUGCACCCAAGGACAAGGCGGUGACUGAGAAAGACAUAAUGGACACUCUCCCAGACAUUGACACAACACUGGAGGCUAUGAAUGUGCUUCAUUUCCUCAGCCAGGGUCCAAAUGACUUUGUGCGACUUGGACAGUACCCUGAGGACGUUGCCUCUGAAAAACACAUGAGAGAGCCCAUCUUAAACUUCCAAAGGAACCUGAAUAAAAUUGGAGAGGCGAUCAAGAAGAGGUCUGCCUUCAAAGACUUCCCCUAUGAGUACUUGUACCCUGCAGGGGUGGAAAACAGCAUCACAAUCUAAUGUAAUGUCAGCAUGAGAAAAUGGUAUGUUUUUGAAAGAUGUACAAUUUUCUAUGUUAAAGCAGAUUACCGAUCGUGGUAUCUUGUGGACUUACGCAUCACAAUAACGAUGACUCUCUCAGAUGUCUGCUGCUUCUCUGUUAGCUAGCCAUGACAUAGCCACUUAGUGAUGUUGUUUACACUAUUGCUCAUAUGAAUAAGGUGAAUACACUUAUGUUUCUUCUGGCGUGUAAGUCACUCAGGAUAAGAGUGUCUGCUAAAUGAAUAUGUAAUUAUUCUGGGGAGUUUUUUUCUGUAUGCCAGUUUUUGAGUUUCUGUCAGGGUUCUGUGUCUUCCCCCUGUGUUGUUUCUCUGUUGGGCCGCCAGAUGGCGGCACCUCGGUUUUGUGUCCUGUUAAUUGUUUUAUUGGUUCGCGUUACCUAAUUAUUAGUUGCGUCUUGUCUCGUGUUCCCCUCCCUCUCUGUGGCUUGAUUGUUCAUCGUGCCCUCCUGUGUCUCGUCUGCGUCUUUCUAUUUAAGUCUCCCUCUCCCCGACUCAGGCGCAGGAAUCUUUUGCUGUGCUUUGGUUUGGUUUGUUUUGUUUGCUUGCUAGCUAGCUACCUGUUUGUACCUGUUCCUGCCUGAUUCCUGUUCACCUGUUGCUUGUCUGCCUGUGCCCUGCCUGCCCUGUUUUCCCUCGUUUUUGGGUUUUUGUGUUUUUUGUUUUUUCUUGUGAAUUUUUGAAGAUUUUCGUUUGUUUGUAAGUUUCGCCCUGCGAGUCCCUUUGUUCCCUGUUCUCUGUUAACUAAAGUCUUGUUUUCCCCAUUUUUGGACCCUCUGUUUUUACUCUGCUUUUGGGUCCAUCCCGUACCCACUCCUGACAGUUUCGUUUGUCAGAGCACCAGUAGACGGAGAAAGAAACUGGUCAGCUGAAAAGUUGGCCAGCUGAGACUAGUGAUGAGCUGAAAAGCUGUCGCUGGGUUUUACUUUAUUUAGUCUUCAUUUUAGUUUGUUGUUUUCGCCUGGAACGCAUGAAGGGGAAGGGUGAAGGUGUUUGUAUAUUUCAUUUUGUGUUGGUGUGGGUACGCUCUCUCGCUCUCCAUGCGGCAAACAACGGUUGACUCCUGGAACUGCUGCAUUUCCCUCUCAGGGGUGUCACACCUGCAUGUGACAUGGUAUUACUGUGUAAGGUUUUGAAAACAUUUGCAAACAUUUAUUUACAAGGUGUCUUGUUCAGUAUGACUUUAUAAAAUGUGAUUUUGUAAAGGGUACAAAUGUAAUUUAAUUGCUUUGCAAAAGGACUUUUCAUUAAAGUACCUUUUAAAAUAUUUCUAUGCCCUGGAUAUACCUCCUUUCCUCAUAGCAUUUCCCAGUGUAUUUGCAUUAUGUGAUAUUACUUUUUUCUGUCAUUGUCUUUGUAAAUAAUGAGGCCAGUGUCAUACAUGGUGAUACUGCUUUAAAGGUUUUUUUAAUGGUUAAGUCAUGCUCUAGGUUUUUGUGUCUAUGAAUCACCAUUGGCAUGAGGAGCUAGUGUCUUCAUUACUGAGUUUGUUUGAAUUUGUCCUUAUUUUCAAUUCAAUUCCCAGUUCAUAUUUUGACAAAAGUCAACUUACUGUAGGUGCAAGCAAGUUUGGUUUUCAUACUUUAGAGCAUUGGUAUUUUCAUCCCGGUUGGAUUUGACUUUUGGGGGAAGUGGAUUGGCACAAAUGCAAUGGUAUGUUUACUGAAUAAAAGAUUCUAAAGAAAGAAAAAUGUUCUGUCUAUGUUGCACCCACAUAGAUACUAUUAUAGUAUCAAUACCAUACUAAAGUGUAUCAUUUAAAAAUAAAUAAAACAUCAUGAUGUAGAUAUUA